UUCGAGCGGUUUCCUUUGCAUACUUGGAAAGACUAAUUCAUGAUCCUUCAGAUUAUGCGCGGUUUGCAACAACUGCAAAACAAAGCAAAGAUGGACUGGUUGCCUUGGGCUUUUCUGCAUUUACUAUAGAAGACUUCCAUGAGAUUGUUGUGUUCUGCUAAUAUUCCCACACGACUCUUUAUUGAUAUAGCCUUUGUGUUGCAGUUUAUGGAUGUUGUGGCAUGUGUGGAAAGCGCUUCUGAUGCUUCAGAUCUUCUUAAUAAAUAUUGUGACCAGUCAACAUCAGACUAUGUCGUUGUCUAUUUGAGAUUAUUGACGUCCGGGAAACUACAAGAAAAAGCUGACUUCUAUAUGCAUUUUAUUGAUGGAGGACUGUCAGUGAGAGACUUUUGCAAUCAGGAAGUAGAGCCAAUGGCAAAGGAGAGUGAUCACAUUCAUAUCAUUGCUCUCUCUGAAGCGUUGGGUAUUCAUGUUCGUGUAGAAUACAUGGAUCGUGGAGAUGGUGGAACAGUCAAUUACCAUGACUUUCCAGAAGACGGUUCACCACCACACGUCUGUUUGCUGUACAGACCAGGACAUUACGACAUUCUGUACAACUAAUGGAAGUAUAGUCUGUCUUCACGGUGAUAGUACUUAUGUAUGUGAGCUAGACGAAUGUAGGAUGUGACUGUGGAGUAUGUGCCAAGAGUCGGCUUUCUAAUGGGCUUGUAGUAGAUUUGUUGAGAGUCUUGUAGUUGCUUGGUGCAUACACAUAAUUUGUUUACGAUAAAUGUACAAUAUCUUACAAUACAAUACAAUACAAUACAAUACAA